AGCAAUUCCAAUUCCUGAUACCCUUGUCUCUAUUUCCUGUCAUCUCAUCCGUUGUUUCAUUGUCCAUUUCUGAGUUGGAAGCCCGUUGAGUUGGUCUUGUUGCUUGCUUGCUUUUGACAAAGGAGAGCUGAGCUGUUCCAACUAGCAUAACUUGUUAGAGCGUUGUCUUUUCUUUUCUUAUCUUGUCUUUGUAUUCUUUUACUCGUACUGUCUGCUGUUUCUGUUUCCUAUUAACGACCGUUACGACCCAUUAUGUCCCCCGUACAUGCUACAACCCCGGUUACCAUCUCCAUUCGUCGGUCUACUGAUACCCCCGCUGUCUACGUGGCUGGCUCCUUCUCAGACCCCAAAUGGGAGCCUUUCGAGCUUACCCCUAAACUGCUAGAGUCGGAGGAUGUCGACGGGAAGGGUAGACCUACUGAAUAUCUCUUUUCCCGCAAUUUUGACCUGCCAGGAGGUCAGUAUCAAUAUAAAUUCCGCGAGGGCCUUGAUGGCCAGUGGUUCUGCGAUAAUACGGCCAAGAAAGCCGCUGAUGAGUCUGGCAUCACAAAUAACCUCCUCGUUGUCGAGCCUGUUUCUUCAACGGCCCCUGCUUCCGAAAAGAAUGAUGAGAAGGAGGUAAAGGCACCAGAAGAAAAACCCGCGGAGGAGAUCCCGGCUGCUCCCACAAAAGUCGAGGAAGCCCAGGCUCCUACAAAGGAUGACAAGCCUGAUUCCAAAGAGCAACAUAACGAUGCUACUGCCGAGCCUGUCACUCCAGAGACAAAUCCCCCAGCAGUAGAAGAACCUCAGUCCAAGGAGAGCACUGAAAAGCCAGUUGAAGAGCAGAAGCACGAGGAACGGGUCUCUCAACAACCUCUAACAGAGCCUAGCUUGGAGAAUUCGGCUUCAGCCGAUUCAAAGACCUCUACUGUGGAGGAGAAGACCUUGACGGAAACACCAGUCGCCGAGGAAAUGCUCAAAGAGCAGGCUGCUACCAACGAUGCUGCUGAGACCUCCGUUCUAGUUGUCGAAGAUUCUAAGGAAUCCACUGCAAAGGAAGCUGUUGCGGAAACACCGGCUGUGGAGAAAUCUACCGAAGAGCUACCAGCGGUAGAAGAAGUCGUGACUGAGAAACCUUCCUUCAAAGAAUCCAUCUCGGAGACGCCGGCCGUCAAGGAAUCCGUCGUUGAGAAGCCCUCAGAAGAGCAAGCUGCUCAACCGGCUCCCGAAGUUCCCAGUGUUGAAAGUACCCCCGCCGAGGGACUCUCCAAAGAAGCCCCUCCUGUGGAUAUUGUCACUGAGGAGCCAAGCUUGAAAGAGUCCAUCACAGAGACUCCUGCUACGGAAGGGCCGGCUUUUAACGAGACGUUGACUAAAGCUGUUUUGGAAGAGCUCUCGACAGGGGAAUCGAAGACCGAGGUUCUUGAAACGGCCCCCGAAGAGAAGAAAGAAGUCGAGAAACCGGACAGUGAGCAAAAGCCUAUUGCAGGUGUCUCGACCGCUGACAACUUUGUACAUGAAGUUGUUGCGGAACCGGCAAAGGAGCCUGCUGAGAAACUCACUGUGGAACCCGUCAAAGAGGCUACUGAUGAACCGGUAGAAAAGGCUGCUGAGGAAGUAUCCGAAAAGCAAGAGGAGAAACCCGUCAAGCCUUCGAUCGAGAAGUCUGCCGAGCAGCCUGCUGAAGAGCCGGUUGAGAAGGUAACUGAGAAGCCUGUCGAGAAACUGGUAGAGGAGCCUGCUGAGCACCCCACUGAAGAGCAAGCUGAGAAGUCUACCGAGAAGACUGCUCAGGCACCGGUUGAGAAGUCAGAAGACAAGCCAGCUGAGAAAUCAGUCGAGACACCUGUUGAGGAACCUGUACAGAAGUCUGCCGAGCAGCCUGCUGAAGCACCGGUUGAGAAGGAAACUGAGAAACCUGUCGAAGAGCCUGUCAGCGAGCCUGUGGAGAAACCGGUCGAAAAGCCAGCGGAGAAGACGGUCGCGGAGCCGGUAAAGGAGGCCGCUGAGGGACUAGCCGAGAAGCCGGAGGAGAAACCCGUCGAGGAACAAACUCUAGAAAAGGCUAUAGCAGAAGAAUCAACUGCUGAAAAGUCUGCAUUCGAAACUCCGGCUGAUGAAACUCCUGCAAAGGAAUCUUUCACCGACAAUCCUGCUUCUGAUGUGCCGAUUGUGGACGAGUACCCCAAGGAAGGCACUGAAGAUGAGCAGGUCUCCAAGGCAGCUACUGAAGAGCCUAAGGAGGAAGAGGUGUCAGAAAAACCCAGUAGAGAGGAACUUGACUUCAAGGUUGCAGACGCAGAAUCCUCCAUUGAAGACAAACCAGCGAAGGAAAGUCCUGCCUCGGAGAAAGUAGCUGUUGAAGAGCCUACGAAGGAGGAGUUCUCGAAAGAACCCCCCUUCGAAACCCCGGCGACUCAAGAACCCUCAGUGACUUCGGUCGUGGAUGAGUCCAUUGUGGAAUCUUCCACGGAAAAGGCCGCUCAAGAAACUUCACAAAUGCCGGUCGACGGAUCCGCAAGGGAGGCAUCUUCUGAAAAGGCGUCCGCAGGAGACCAUACGAAUGAAGUUUCUGAGAAACAUGCCUCCGAGGCUCUAUCCGCUGAGCCAUCUCUGAACGGGACAACUACAGAAAAUCCCUCUGCGGAGCCCGUGAAAGAGGAACCUGCGUCAGAGAAAGCUACAGACGACGAAAUGUCUAAUGAGGCACCCGCUAAAGGCCCUGCUGCAGAGAAACCUGUUGUCAAUUAUUCGGAUGCUAAGGAGCCCACAAAGGAAGUUGCUGCAGAAGAAGCUGCUGCUAAAUCCAUUAAAGAGGAGUCUGUUGCGGAGGCAGCCAUAACUGAAAUGUCUGCUGAAGAUUCUAUGACCAAUACCGAGCCCACGAAAGAAGAGCUCUUGAAGGAGGAACCUGCAAAGGAAGAACCUGUGGAGGCAGAACUCCCCAAGGAAGAACCGGCUAAGGAAGAACCUCCUAAAGAGGAACCUGCAAAGGAAGAACCUGUGGAGGCAGAACCUGUGGAGGCAGAGCCGGUGAAGGAAGAGCCGGCGAAGGAGGAGCCUCCUAAAGAGGAACCUGCAAAGGAAGAACCUGUGGAGGCAGAACUCCCCAAGGAAGAACCGGCUAAGGAAGAGCCAGCGAAGGAAGAACCUCCUAAAGAGGAACCUGUGGAGGCAGAACCUGUGGAGGCAGAGCCGGUGAAGGAAGAACCUCCUAAAGAGGAACCUGCAAAGGAAGAUCCUGUAGAAGCAGAACUCCCCAAGGAAGAACCGGCUAAGGAAGAGCCGGCGAAGGAGGAGCCUCCUAAAGAGGAACCUGCUAAGGAAGAACCUGUGGAGGCAGAACUCCCCAAGGAAGAACCGGCUAAGGAAGAGCCGGCGAAGGAGGAGCCUCCUAAAGAGGAACCUGCUAAGGAAGAACCUGUGGAGGCAGAACUCCCCAAGGAAGAACUGGCUAAGGAAGAGCCAGCGAAGGAAGAACCUGCAAAGGAAGAGCUGGCGAAGGAGGAGCCUGUAGAAGCAGAACUCCCCAAGGAAGAGCCGGCGAAGGAAGAACCUGCUGUGGAGAUUUCUGUUACAGAGAAGUUGACGCCCGCUGCAGAGCAGUCUAACGCAGAACUCGUCACAGAAAAGUCGGCUACUGAAGAACCGGUCAUCGAGGAGCAUGCUCUGGAGGAACCAGCAAAGGAAUCUGCCGUUGAAGAACAGACCGAAGAAUUUGCUACGAAGGAAGCAGCGGUGAAAGAAGCCGCCGAAGAGACUACAGUGAAGGCCGCUGUAACGGAGCCUGUUACUGAAGAGCCAGUUGCCAAAGAAUCUGUCGUUGAAGAGUCUGCCGUCGAGGAGCCAGAACUAGUGAAGGCUCCGGAGACACCGAACGAGAAGGCCUCUGAUGAGACGCGUGUUGUAGAGAACACUACAGUAGAAGCUGCUGCUGAAGAGACAACUGAAAGCUCCAUCCCCGAGACACCUUCGGCUACUACCGAAGGAACUACCGUGGAAAAACCAACGACCGAGUCAUCAGUAGAAGAGAAGCCAGCACCAAGCGCAAAGCAGCCUGCCGAAUCUUCUGAAGAGCCCUCCACGAAAGCAGCCGUUGCAGAAACUUCACCAGCGCAACCAGAUUCCGAGGCGCCAGCUGUUGAAAAGGAGGCGAUUGAAGAGGCUCCUGUGAAACCUGAAUCUCAAGAACCGACUGAAGGAAAACCUAAUACUAUCGAAUCUGCAGUUGAACAACCCGCCCCUACUACUCCAGCCGCCAAAGAAUCUACGACAAAUGGCCCAGUUACCGAAGAGCCAGUUACGAAACCGGCUGUGGAAGAAGUCACCAAUCCUGACGCAGCUAAGGAGGAACCAGUCAGCAAGGCCCCCAUUGCGGAAGAAUCCCAGAAAAUCGAUGUGAGCAAGGAAGAGCAACAGGAUGAAUCAGUCCUGGAAACUUCCGAUGUCAAGAAACUUGUUCCAUCAGAGCUAACUGUUGAGAAAUCAACUACUGAACCUCCUGAAGCUACAAAGUCAGCCGCUGAAGAACCUGUCGAGAAGGAUGCAGCAGAACCAGCCCCUGAAUCUAUUGCCAGGGAGCCUGUUGCUGAAGAGCACGUCGCGGAAAUUCAGGAGCUCGCAGAAAAUCCUGCUCUGAAGGCAGCUGUUCCAGUGGAGCCGGUUGUCGAAUCUGCUGCUGAAGAACCCGCAUCGGCCACCAAAGAAUCAGUUUCUGAGGAACCUGCUGCCAAGGAAUCAACUGCUGUGGAGGAGCCAACUCCCAAGGAGCCUGUAGUUGAACAGGCCACUAAGGAACAGGCGGCUGAAGAACAAGCAGUUGUGGAAACCUCUCAAGAGCCGGUCAUUGAAGAGCCCAUUAUGAAGAAGGAUGUCGCUGAGGAACCAACAGCUACAGAGACCGACGCAAAAGAGGCUGUUGUUGAGGAGCCUGUUGCAAAGGAGCCAACAGCUGCGGAGGAACCGGCUGUUCAGGAAGCCGUCUCUGAAAAACAAGUUCCUGAAGAGCCGGUUGCGAAGGAAAUAGCUGCUGAGGAAUCGGUCUCCAAGGAACCUGUGGCUGAAGAGACAGUCACCGAGGUUAAGGAAUCGGUAGCUGCAGACGAGACUUCAGAAUCUAAAGUAGUUGAUUCUUCGCUGCCAACGCCGCCACUGGAUGAUAGCCAUGAGGUUAAAGCAGAACCUGAUGUCGAAAAGUCACCUGCAGGUGAUGAUGCGACUGAGGCUAAAGAAAUCAACGCCAAGGAAACGUCAAUAACCGCGAAUGCUGAUCCUCUGACGCCGGCAGAGCCCACGCAUAAUGCGGUCGUUGAGAAUGGAACAACUCCUGCAGAUGUCGCUGAAGAGGCACAUGCUACGCUGGAUGCUGAUAAAGAGUCACCCGUCGCCGAAUUGGCCGCUGAAGCAGAAAGCAGUGUUCCCUCUGAAGUAUCCAAAGAUGCUCCAAACAAGAGCGAACAGGAAACUGCAAAGAGCGAUGCUUUGUCCAGAGUUGCUGCCGCAGGUGCACUUGCAGCUGCGGUCGGUGCAGCGACCGCGGUUGCUCUCGAAUCAAAACCGGAAGAAACACUUGCCGAGGACAAUGAAGCUCUCCUUAAGAAACUCGGUACUCCAUCCACGGAGCAGUUGCCGGCGGAGAGCAGCGAACAACCUGCGGCCGAGACUGCAGACUUCCCGGAGGCUGCAAAGCGAAUUGAACCAGUUGAGACUGCAGACGCCGAAGCUUCAGCACGGGAAGAAACCAUCGCCCCUGCUACAACGGCGGAGACGCAGACCUCUUCUGGACUGAACGCGGAGACAACAGCCACAACCACCAACGAGGAAGAGCACGCUCGUCCUUCAAGUCGGGGAAGCCAGAACCGUUCAGUAUCUGCUGUAUCCGUAUCUAAGCACGAAAGCUGGUUCAGGGCGAUUUUGCGUACCAUAUUUGUCACCUUCCUGGGAAGCCUCUUUGCACCGUUCCGCCGCCGUGCCAAGACAUCAGAGUAAGAAGAUCUACUACUACCCAGAAGUGAGAAGAAACAACAACGCCAAAGAUUACUACACUACACACUCGUAACGAAAAGCUGCGCUAACCCCAGUUGCUGCAGCUUGUGUGCUUUGAACGCAUAUAACGUUGCUAGACUGAAAAGAAUACUCCGUUGAUCUAUCCAGUUCUACUUAAUUUUCCUGUACUUGAUAUCCGUGUAUUAUCGUUUCGAUGCGGGAUUAUCCCCUUCUCAUAUCCUCUACUACUACUCCUCUCCUGAGAUUCCGUGUUAUCUCUGCUUUUCCUUUGUCUUGUUUCCUUUGUCAGUUUACGAUGUCCAUAGCAAUGAGAAAUCUCCCUUUCCAUACUCGCUUCUUGGAUUGCCGGUAUAUACCAGCGGUACUAUAGGAUUUAUAGCAAUGA